GAUUCUUAAUACAUUAUUCAAUCAAGCCAUCUCAGAUGAUUAUGACACCCUUCAGCCUCCUGAACUGAAGGUUCAUUUAGGAACCACAGAGACAGGCUUUUCUCUUUAACUGCUGGGGGCAGAGGCUUUCUCCAGCUGAUUAGAUAAAUCCAUCCUUCCCAUCCUGUCGGACAAUCCCCACACAGGGAGACUGUGCUCAAGUCCACCACAUCCACACACUACUCUGUCAGCAACUCUGUACCUUCUAACUUGAAUUUUUUAUUUGAAUUUUAAUCACCUAAUUUGGUCUUCAUCCAUCUGCAGAAUGACGAUUAGAACCGCCCGUCCAAACCGGGGACAACAUUUCAGGCCUCGCACGCACUGCUUGAAAAAGCUGGAGUCCAUUGUGGUGGAGAUGCAGGACACAAAGAGUGGGGUGAAGGGCUCGGAGCAAAAACUCAACGUCAGCACCAUCCCACACGUCAUCACUGGUAAAGACGUCAUCGCAUGGAUCACAAAUAAGAUGAAGACCACUCCAGAAGAGAGUCAGGCUUUUGGAACCAUGUUAGUGGCCUACGGCUACAUCUACCCCCUGCAGAACCACAAGAAGCUGGUGCUGUGCAACGACUCCAGCCUCUACCGCUUCCAGACCCCGUACUUCUGGCCUACACAGAAAUGGGUUGCAGAGGACUCUGACUAUGCCAUCUAUCUGGCAAAGAGGAACAUCCGCAAGAAAGGCAUGCUGGAACCCUAUGAACAGACACAUUACAGCCACCUCCAUGAUUGGCUGAACCACAAGUGGGACUUCAUCGUGAUGCAGGCCACUGAGCAGUACAAAGCUGGAAAGGAGAGGACGAAGCCGGAUCGUGUUGUGUUUGACUGCCAGGAGAGGGCUUACUGGAUAGUCAGCAGGCCUCCACCUCGUACACACAGCUCUAUGGACAGUGGUCCAGAACGUCUUAUUGAUCCCAACGCAGAAGAGAAAAUCACUUUUGACGAGUACAGACGCAUGAACAUAUUCUACCAACAAGCUAUCAUGAGGUCAAAGGUCAAAUCUAGCGUCUCUCUUGGAGCACUGAACAAGUACGUCACAACCUAUAAAAACCACGACCCGUUCCUGGCUCCCUGUCUACCCAGCAACCCCUGGCAAACAGACCAUGACGCAUACUGGAUUUGCAACACCAGACGAAUCGACGUUCCCACUAAGAUGCGAGUCGAGCGCUGGUCCUUCAGCUUAUUCGAGCUGCUGAGCGACCUGCGAGGCCGGGACGACUUCAAGGUCUUCCUCAAGAAGGAGUUCAGCGGGGAGAACUUGGCUUUUUGGGAGGCAGCUGAAGAACUGAAGUGGGGCACAGCAUCCUCCAUGUCAUCCAAGGCUGAGACCAUUUUCAAGACCUUCCUGGCCCCCGGCGCCCCCCGCUGGAUCAACAUUGACGGCAGGACGAUGGGUCUGACCGUGAAAGGCCUGGAACAUCCCCACCGCUACGUGCUGGAAGCCGCCCAGACACACGUGUUCCUGCUCAUGAAAAAGGACACCUUCUUCCGUUACCUCAAGUCCCCCGUGUACAAAGACACCCAGAAGAACGCGCUGAGCCCUGCGCCUCAUAACUUCAGUCCAGCACAGCUGGAGCAGAACGCUCAGAACCGAAGCCUCGGCGUCCACCCGGUCAUCCUGUGGCAGCAGGAGGAGGAGGACAAGGCCAAGGCUGCUGCUGCCUCGGCUCCCGUCGACGUCAAGGCCAUGAUGAGCAAAAUAGACAGGAAGAAGUAGAUGGUAGGAGGCUGCUGCACACUGUAUAGAGAUGGAAUGGGCCCUUAUGUACACGUAUGGUUGGAAGUCAAACCCAUUUUAAACGAGUGAGAAACACACAGUAGGUUUAUGCAUGUUUUAAAUUCAUAACAAGCAGUAUGUAUUCAGUAUUAUAAAGCGUAUAUGUUUAAUAUACACAAUCAGGUUAAUGAAAGAAAGUCAAAAACGUAAAAUACGUACAAUUAAUGUGUUUUAUUAACAAUGUAUGUAUACUAGUUCUUCUAUCUACCCAACACUUACACUACAAUGUACAAUAUACAAAUAAGAAAACAUUAUCAUUUUCUAUUGGUGUGUGUACAAAUCAGCAAUACUGCAUCACAGCACUUUACUUAUACACUAAUACACCAGUACUCUAGUAGACUAAAACACUAAUACACUAGUAUAUUAAUACACUGAUACACCAGAACACUAGUAGACUAAAACACUAAUAUACUAGUAUAUUAAUACACUAAUACACCAGAACACUAGUAGACUAAAACACUAAUAUACUAGUAUAUUAAUACACUAAUACACCAGAACACUAGUACACUAAAACACUAAUACAGUAGUAUAUUAAUACACUAAUACGCGAAUACAGUACGAGACUACCCAAUAAUACACUCAUAUACUACUACACCACCUUCACUUAACAGAGUGAAUGUGAAAACCUCAAAUAUGAUCCAAGUGGUGUUUUUGCACUGCUUGAGAUGUCCUGUUCACGGCCAACGUACUGUUUGGGUGACAGUUCGUCACGUGCACAGUUUGUCACGUGCACAGUCGGACACGAGGACGUAGUCACAGUGGCUUCCUGUGCACUGAGAACACAUUAUGACGAGCUGCAAUUAUGACUCACAGCACACAAAAUCAUAUUCAAAUGAACACAUUAGACAAAAGAUCAUGGAUUUGUCUUAGUAUGUGGCAUGUUGGCUAAUGGAACAACGCUGACUAGUAUUAUUACUACUACACUUAUUACAAUUUAUUACAAUGUAGGUUGGCUAGCUGACUUGACAAAAUGUGUGCAAUAUGUAUCAAUAAUGGUGAGACACGAUGUUGACUGACAGGACAUCGAUAAGAGGAGUUUACUGAAGAAGUAACUCACCAUCGCUGAGGGGGAAAGUUUGACGUCUCUUAUGGAACGUUCCAUUGUGUAUGCAAAUUAGUCUGAGAACUCAUGGAGUCCUGCUUGUUUACUGGUGCAGCAUAUUUAUAUCAUACACAUAUUUUAACUGAUUCAAGUGAAUUGUUUCCCAAAUUAGCAGAUUCAUGCAGAUUUUAGGGAAUUCUACUAAAUAAUUAAUACAUCUGAUUAAGCAGCUUUUGUCCUUGUUGUAUAUUUCAUCAUAUUCAUUUCCCUUUCCUCUCACAAUGUAAAGGAGUUACUGAAUGGGAAGAAGUUAUCGUUGAAAUAUACAAUGUUGAUCUGCACACAAUGUAAUGUAAUAAAUGAGAUGAAGAUGUU